CCGCCCUGUCCUUGCCCCUUUUGCCAUGUCCCUUUGCUGCCUCUGCACUCGCCCCGAUGAGGAGCGAGUGUCGGGGCGCCUGCCACACCCGUCUGUUUGUCGCCCGCUGGCCGUCCUUGUCUGCGUUUCGUGCGAGCAGGGCUUGAUCCAAGAGCGUGGCGCACGACGCCGCAUUUCUGACGGCGCACCCGAGCCGUCUCACUGGAGCGGGCCGCAGGUGCCCUCCGCUGGCCUGUGGCAGGUGGGGAUCCCUGCUGGUGGCGACCUCCUCGACGAGUUCACGGGCCGCGCCAUGCCCUCGCCGAAAGAGGAAGGCCACUUGACGCUCGGAUCAAACGCCGCAGCUGACGAGCAGUUGCAGGCGUGCAAGAAGAAGCGCUCCCGCGGGGCGUUCGAGGGUGUGGCCGGCGAGGGUGGUGAGACACACGAGGAGGCUGGCAACGAGGAAGAGGUGACGGACAUCAAGGUUUACAACAACGAGAAGGAGGAGGUGGCAAGGGAGCCCGGGCUCGGCGACGCGGCUUCCACGCAGCGCAAGCAGCACAAGCAGGCGUACAAGAGCAAAUUCAAGGUGGGUGAUCCGGUCAUGCACAAGUUCAAGGAGGGUGAGGGGAUGCGCUACCACAGGGGUGUGAUCAAGAGCAUCAAGCUUGUGACUGAGGGAGGAAAGUGCCCGGGGAUUGAGCACUGCAUCGAGUUUGACGACGGGGAAACCAUCCACGACAUGAAGGGGAGCGAGCUCGAGGCCUACAAGGCAAGCAAGGUGAAGUACAAGAAAAUCAAGGUGAAGAAAACUGUUGCGGGCAAGGUACUGAUGGACAAACGCGCCGCAACUCAGUCAUCUUCUCUUCCCCCUCUGCCAGCGCUGGUCCCCUGCACCACGUUUGACAGCGAGUCAGACUCGGAGAUGGAGGGUACAUUGUCCUCGCAUGCCACUUCCCUGCAUCGGCGAACGAGCCGGCGUGUCAUGCACAUCCAUCCGGAGCAGAGGGCGGCGCUUGCACGGGCCAAGCAGUACGGGCAAGAGGUGCUCGGCCGGCGCUUGAGCAUCUACUGGCCACCGGAGAAGAUGUGGUUCCGAGGGUGCAUCAAGGACUUCUCCGUGAUUGACGAGACUCACUAUGUCGUCUAUGAUGACGGCGACGCACAGUGGGAGGCCCUUGGGAACUCUGAGGCGCUCAGCCACCUGCAGUGGGAACAGGAGGGAACGCCUCGCUGCGGCAAGCCAGAACCCAUGGUCAAGAUUGAGCCGGAGGACCUUGAGCCGGAGGAAGUGUGCCCGCAGCACUCCUUGCCCGUCCCCUCGCGCAAUGAGGCCCCCUCGCGCAAUGAGGCCGACCUCAAUGCUGCCAACGUGCUCAUGAGCCUGCACAUCCCACGGCUGCAAGAGAGCCACCUGGACGAGGCGAAGAGCACCGUUGAUUCGGUCAAGAUCUCUGACCUAGUAGGCUGCAGCCUCCUAACCGGUACUCCACAGCUCAUCCCCUCUGACCUGCCUGAGGCGCAGGUUGACCACAAGUGGGUCCAGACUCUGCUGGAGCACGCGUGCGACCCGUCCGACCUGCUCUGGCUGUACAACAAGUGGGGUGCGCGGCACAGCCGACAGGGGCUCCAGGAGGUCAAGCUGCGGCAUGCUUCCACCGACAAGGCACAUACGCUCGGUGACGCCGAGGCGAUCGAGUACCUCCGAGACCUUGUGGGCCCCAAGGAGUACAACCGCCUUUGUUGGAUGAGCCGCACGAACUAAACUCUUCUGCCCACGACAACGCAGCAGAGACAGAACAUCGGCUCGUAAGCUGACCAGAGCAAGCCGAGCCUCACACCUGGUGGAGUGGGGGGGGGGGGGGAGCUGACAGAUGACGGCUUGAGUACUUGGAGCACUUGGAGUGCAGUCGGUAACCUCACAUCCAGGGCCGGGGAGCUAAGAAGCGUACCCAACGGGCCGGAUGAUCGGCAUCGGGCUACCUACGGGCUAGAGAGCCCUGACCCCU